AUGGCUACGCUACAAUACACUGGCGUCUUUGCACUGUUGCUGAUAGAGAUAUUCGUCUUUGUCGUUCUCAUUAUUCCGAUGCCCAACCGGUGGAGGCGCGCAAUGAUCACCUGGUCGUCAAGGUCCGUUCUUGCCCAAAGGGCCCUCUACAGUGUGCGCAUAGCCUUUGGCUUUAUUCUUCUCCUGUUCGCCGACGCCGUCAUGCGUCUGUACAAGAUUCAGCAGACCAAGAACACCACACGUCUCGUCGACGAGCACGCCGUCUGCCAGCUCAAGCUGCAGCAGUUCUAUGCCCAGCGCAACACCUACCUGACGGGCAUCACCAUGUUCCUCGGCCUCAUCCUCAUAUCCACCCACACUCUCGUUGGACAGCUUGUUGAAGGUGAUGGCGCUACCCCUCUGGUCACCUCAGGACCGGGUUCGGCCAAGGCUGAGCUGGUUAAGGUUAAGGCUGAGCUGGCUGAUGCCCGCAAGGAGAUUGCCGAGCUCGAGAGGAAGGACAGAGAUAUGGCUACGCUGAAGAAGCAGGCUGACUCAAGCCAUAAGGAGUACAUGCGCUUGGCCGAUGAGUGCGAUGGUCUUCGCAAGCAGUUGGACAGCAGCAAGGAGACAAAGAAGGAUGCGUGA